AUGACUUCAUCAUCGACGUAUGCUGCAUUGACUCCCCCAUCCCUGUAUCAGCUGAAGAGCUACCUAACCGUCAUUGUUUGGGAUUAUGUCAUUACUUUCGCGCGAAAUCGAGUCCUGUCUGCCCUUCAAGAAGGGGUCACAAGGGGUCGGCUUGAUUUGUAUGAUGCUGCCAUAGGACAAAGGACAUUCGGGUCAUUGGAUGAGGGUGAACAAACACCGCCAGUCACCCUCAUCAUCCGAAGUGAAAUGUUCUGGCUUCGCAUCCUGCUCUCCUAUGACAUUGGAUUCUCCGAAGCUUACAUGGCCGGAGAAUUCGAAACCUCCGAUUUGAAAGCAUUGCUCAAUCUUUACAUCGACAAUUUAGACCAAUUAGGAGGGCUUUCAUCUCCGUUUUACAAACUCUUGAGAUGUUUUGACGUUGUCACUACAUUCUUCCUGAGCCAUGGGAUCACAAAAUCCAUAGAGAAUGUGGCUGGGUACAAUGCUUCAAACGAAAUGUAUCGAGCGUUUCUCAGCAAAGAGAUGAUGUACUCGUGUCCCAUUUGGGGUAAAGAGGAAGGUGGCGUACGAGGAGACUUGGAAGGCCAUCGACGCCCAGGAGACCUCGAAGACGCACAGGCCCGCAAAAUCGCGUACAUCCUUGACAAAGCGCGGUUGCGACCUGGCGACCGUCUACUAGAAAUAGGAAGCGGAUGGGGAGGACUUGCGAUUGCCGCCGCAAAAAUGGGAUGCACUGUUGACACUAUCACCAUUUCUGUAGAGCAACAGCGGGGAGCGGAAGAGAAUAUAAGACGUGCAAAUGUACAGGAUAGGGUGACUGUCCACUUUAUGGACUAUCGACACAUGCCUCCCCAUUUCGAGAAGGCUUUCGACGCAUGUGUCAGCACGGAAAUGUUGGAAGCUGUAGGAGCGAGAAACAUGAAAGUAUAUCUUUCGCAGAUUGACUGGGCGCUUAAAGACGAUAAAGCUACCGUGGUCCUUACGUCGACAACAUAUCCAGAGAGUACCUAUACUCCGUAUCAGUAA